AUGGCCGCAUUGCGCCUGACAAUUGCUGGUUUCGGGCCCAGGCUAGAAAUUGCAAGUUGGCAUCCGGCAUUCGCGUGCGCCACAAGCUUUGCGCUUGCUGCAGCUUGCCGCAUGUUGGGCUUGGUGCACAACGCGGAUUCUGUGGUUGCACCCCAUGUUUGUUUGAUUCAUAGCUUUGAUAGCGUUACAGUGCUGGCCGUCCAUAAGAACGAGGCUGUGAGCAAGCUUGCUGCCCGGAUGCUUCGAUCUCUUGAUGCACGUACAGGCUCGAUGGCCGCAUUGUGCCUGACGAUUGUUCAAAGGUUAUCAUGUCAUCGGCGCUAG